UUUAUUUUCAGACGUUACAAUUUACUGUCAGAGCUUGAAACAAAAUUUGACAUUUCACAGUUUCAAUUUUAUAUUUUGCGCAAAAGCUACUUAUAUAUUUCUCGUGAUUUAAUAUUUAAGUCGGUUAGUUGGUUACACAUAUACCAGGUCAAUGCACAAAACCACUAAUCGGAUGUGACUGAAGGGAUACAAUAUCUCGAAUAGAGUUCGCUUAAUGCAGUAAGAUAUUAAAUACUGUUUUGUUUACAAAGUUUGUUGAAUAUGUCUACAAAAGAAGAAAAUCCUGGUUUGGAGGCCGAAGAAUCUCUCCUGUAUUCGGCUAGGCAUGGAGAAAUAUCUGUUGUAAAAGCUCUUUUAGAAGCUAACAAGGAAGGAAAAUUAAGAUUGGACAUAAACUGUAAAGGUAAAAGCAAAACUAAUUUAGGAUGGACCCCUCUCCACUUAGCUACAUAUUUUGGUCAUAUGGAUGUAGUGGAGGUACUGCUGGAUGCUGGAGUUGACGUAGAUGAGGUCAACGACACUGGUGACACUGCUUUGCACAAGGCAUCGUUUAUUGGGAACGAGGAGUUAGUGAUUCUACUCCUGAAUUACAAGGCAGAUGUAAAUAUAAUGAAUGGGGAAGGUCGAACGGCGGCAGAUGUGUGCAAAACCCAGGAUGUACAGAGAUUGUUGGAGGCAGCUGGCCUUGCAGAGAGGAGAGACAGGGAGAGGAAACUAUUGACAGCUGCCAGGGAGGGACGGAUUGAAGAAGUACAAGAGUUGCUAAGCGGAUCGAGUCCCCCGAACAUAAACUGCGCGGACGCGCAGGGCAACACGUGCCUGCACUGCGCCGCCUACCGCGGGCACGCGCGCGUCGCCGUGCUGCUGCUGCAGAACGGCGUCGACACCACGCUCAAGAACAACAACGGUCAGCUGGCGAUCGACCUGGCGCGCGACGGCGACAUGCGCGAGGUGCUGAGCGUGCGGCCCGUGCAGCGCCUGCAGCGCACGGCGGCGCGCUUCGAGGGCCCGCUGCUCAAGCGCUCGCGGUUCCUCGGCUGGCGCCCGAUGUGGGCCGUCCUCCAGCGUGGCGUGCUGCUCUACUACGGCUCGAGAGCGGAAGCGGCUCGAGAGGGCGGUCGCUGGCGGGAUCGGAAGUACUUGGACGGGGCGAAGUUCACAGCACCUGACACCGAACCCGCACUCAUUGUGAUCGCCUACAGCGACGGAGACAACCAUCGCCUUGCUGUACCGCAGGGAGGCAACGUCUCCGCUUGUAGACAGUCAUGGGUAACGGCACUAAAAGAACACAUCGCGUAUUCCGGACACUACCUGUGGGCCGGCGCCGGACCCGACACCGCUAAAGAGGCCACGGAGGACUUGGAGGACGAGUGCAAGCCGCUGGGCUCGAUGCAGGACGCGCUGACGGCGGCCACCAACAGCCUGGCGCUGCUCGACACGCAGCUGCGCGAGUGCGGCGCCAUCGUGGCCGCGCUCGACCGCAGCGUCACCGUCGGCAACUCGCUGCACCACUCCGCCUGCAUGCGCUUCCAGCACGCGUGCGGCUCGGGGCAGGCGGCGCUGGCGGCGCUGCGGCACUGCGCCGCGCUCGUGGCGCAGGCGCGCGACCGGGACUCGCACGCGCUGGCCCGGCAGAUAGAGAGGAAUAGAGUGCUGGAGGAGGCGCUGGCGGCGCUCGCCCGCACGCACCACGCGCUGGAGAUGUCGGUGGCGGAGGAGCUGACCAAGAGUAAACGAAAGAAAAAGGUCUCCCAGUCGACGAACGACUCAAAAGAGAAUUUCUACGACGUAUACGAUGAUUCCGAUGACGAUACACUGGUUACGGCGGGUCUGUCCAGCCCCCUGGGCGCACUGAGUCCCUGGGGGAGCAGUCCCGACCUCACGAGGAGGACUCCAAUCGGCAGCGUCGACGGGGAUGGCGAGAGGACCCCCACGAACGGCGAUCGGCUCGAGCUGAGCGGGUGCCUGUCGGCCUCGUCCGAGUCGGCGCACUCGCUGGGCACGCUGGUGUCGCAGGGCGGACACGUGUACCGCAACGCGCGGCCCUACGCGCGCCACGCCCGGCCCAGUUCGGAGUGGUCGUUAUAAAUUCAGUCGAAGUACAAAUUUUACUUAAUAAGAUUAUUGCAUUUAAUCAACAAAAGCGCAAAUAAAUAUUUUGACAAUGGCAACUGGCCAGCAAUUAAAAUCCUUUAACGAGUGAUAUUCGUGCAAAAAAACAAUAUUAUUACUUAAUUUACUAUUAUAAAAAUGACUAUGUGAUACUUUUGUGCUGAUAGUCAUAACCGCACAGGUUACAACAGAUAAUCAAAUG